AUGGAGGUGAACACCAACGGCGGGAAGAGCAGUGUCGCAGGACUGGACGUCGACGUCGAACAGGCCCGAUACGAGCUGGUACAGUCCGGCGCCAUUGCCAAGUGCCAGCGACUUGAAGAAGAGUACGCUCAGGCCAAGAGUCUCCAUGGCUCUGUCAUGGUCGAAUUCGAGAAGUUCGACUCGGGUCGCGACAUUGUUGCUCACUACCGCAACAACCCCUACUGGCGCGUCAUCGCGUACGAUAUCAAGAAGGUUAACAAGCCUCCGGUCGAUGCUGCCGAGCAGUACCUCCAGACCAGUCACACGACGGGCAUGGGGUCCCCUAUAUGUGCACCUUCCGCGGCUGUGGACGCAGUUACGACCACCGGGACACGCUCUCGGGUCGCAUGGGGCAGCACUGGCUACCUUGGGGUAGAGGAGGAGGGAGAAUUGGGCGGCGUUUUUGUCGUUUGGUUCGGCGUUGGGUUUGGGUCUGGGGUACUGCUUGUUCAUCGUGCUUGUGCUUCCACUCCUGGUAAGCUUCAGCUCCCACCCGUUCCCAUAUCCCCCAUCCCCUUCACAACCUCCUCGCCACCUUCCGCUGAGAGGCAAGAGACGACAGCAAGGUUUGACCGCUUUACCUCAAGGUGUUUCCCCGGUCCUGGUCCUCAUCGGUCUGGCCAGAAUCAGCCUGGCCUGAUUGGCCUGAAUUUCCUGAGCCCAGAUGGCAGGAGUCACAGUUUUGAUGCCCGAGCCAAUGGCUACGGUCGGGGUGAGGGGGUCGGUAUCAUUGUAUUGAAUCGCCUAAGCGAUGCUAUUCGCGAUAACGACAACGUCCGAGCCCCCGUUCGAACUACCCGAGCCAACCGAUCGGAGAACCGCCAUGAGGUGGAAGGCGUCGACGCGCAGAUUUACUACUUUCCCGAGGCCUGUGUCUUCGUAGCCAACUUCCCGGAGGCGAAGUCCGACUCCGCUCUCGAGGCAGCCAUUACCAAGGCUUUCCUCAACUUCGGCUCCGUCUUCGUCGAGAUCCGCCAUAGGCGCGCCGGAAUUCUAGAAUACCGCAGGCCCGUCGCUGCGUAUAAGGGGCUUUGCUUUGACCGUUAUACGUUCAUGAUGCUGAUAAGAAUGGGGCAACAGUGCGCUUCCCAAUCCUCCGCAACGGCGAUGCUUUCGCCACAGAUAAGAAGUGUUGACGACCAUGCGGCGGUUGCGCAGGGUUCACGUGGAUGGCGCCCUGAAAACCCAACAUACAAUGCGCGACAAAGAGGAGGACGACGAGGAAGAGGUUUCUGGGAUGCUGCCGAAAAGUUCUGGGGCAACAACCAGAUCCUCGCACUGCCUCGCGACCAAUGCUGCCCAAGAUCGUCCUCCGAGGGGAGGCCGAGCACACCUCGGCGCAAACAGGCAAAGGACCACCUUAUGAGACUGCCGCCUUCCGGCCAUGUCUAUGUGGACAUCAAGAAGCGAUUCGUCAUUGACGAGAAGCGCUUACCUGGUCUGCUCCAUCUGCCCCAAGAACUCAAGUUUCUCCAACAUCUCCCAUCUAUUGACCCACGUCAGCUCAAAGGGCCAUCUGCACAACUACUUCCAGUUGUCCAUCUCUCGAGAUAUCGACGAAGACGCAGCAUUUUCCCUAGCAGAAUUCGAUACAUG